AUGUCUCAAAAUUUUGAGAAAUCCGUGAAGGGAGCCACCAAGGUCAAGCUUGCGGCUCCUAAAUCAAAAUACAUCGAACACAUUCUGGUUGCGACCCAUACGGGCGAGGCUGGUGUUGCAGAAAUAUUCCGGACGCUGCAACUUCGACUUCGCGAUUCAACAUGGACGAUCGUGUUCAAGGCGCUAAUCGUCGUCCAUCUUAUGAUACGAGAGGGGCAACUGGAUGCCACAUUACAGUUCAUGGCGGAAAACCCAACCAAGUUAGCAAUCAGCGGGUACUCAGAAGUACAAUCACAAGGGCAUAAUAUCCGAAGAUAUGCCGAUUAUCUUAUGGCGCGCGCAAAAGCAUUCGAAGCUACAAAGACAGACUACGUUCGGAGCGGACAAGGGCGGAUGAAGCGAUUGACAGUUGAAAAGGGUCUCCUGAGAGAAACGGAGAUUGUUCAGAAGCAGAUCAAGGCAUUGUUACGCUGUGACCUUCUGACAGAUGAAGUGGAAAAUGAAAUUACACUCACAGCCUUCCGAUUGCUUACAUUGGAUCUCCUGACCCUAUACUCGGUCAUGAAUGAGGGUACAAUAAAUGUCCUCGAGCAUUAUUUUGAAAUGUCGAGACCAGACAGCGAGCGCGCUCUAGAGAUCUACAAGACCUUCACCGCGCAAACGGAGGAGGUUGUAAAGUUCCUGGGAGUUGCUAGGCACUUUCAAUCCGCAACCAGAUUGGAAAUACCUAAACUCAAACACGCUUCGACGGACUUGACGCGCCUUCUUGAGGAUGAUCUCAAUGAUCCGGAUUUCAACCUCCGCCGAAGGGAGUACCUGAGUCGGAAAGGCGCAAAGGAUGGUGGACCAAGCACUGCGCUGAAGUCCAGUAUUACUGGGGGCCAUCAGAAUACCAUUAAUAUGGUUUCCGCCCCGAACCGCCCACAAACAGAACCGAACCCGCAGAAGAAGACAAACCCUGCGGACUUGAUUGAUUUUUUCGAGUCUAUCGAGCCCAAUCCGCAGCCUAUAGUACAACAAACUACUUUCCAGCAACCGUACCAAGCACAGCAGCAACAGCAAGCCAUGCCGUUCCAGCCAACGGGCUUCCAGCCGCAGCAGACGGGGUUCUAUUCCCAGCAGACGGGUUUCCAGCAACAGCCUCAAGUGGCCCCUUUUGGUCAGCCGACUGGCUUUGGAGAACCCUUUCCUCAGCAGGAUAAUAGCCAAUUUGGACAAGCGCAAGUCCCGCAACCACUCCAGUCUACCCCAACCGGGGCUGGAUUUGGCGGCUAUUCAGCACAGCCGCAGACAUAUGGAUUCCAAACCCAUCUUAGCCCCAUACCGCAAAGCGGGGUUGCAUCAUUUCCUCAGCAGCAACAGCCCGCACCGGGUGUUCAGCAGCAGCCGCAACAACAAUCAACCAAUCCUUUCAGGCAGUCAAUGUUGAUGAGCACACCGACAGGGACUGCUGUGCCAGCCUCCCCGUUGAGCCGUCAAAACACAAACCCCUUUGCCAGACGCCUAUCGACGGUGAACCCACAGUUCACUUCAGGCCCCACUGAGGCGACUCCUCAGGCUCAAGCACAGCAACCACUUCAGCCUCAACGAACAGGGACCAAUCCCUUUGCUCGUAGCUCCUCUGUUCCUCCCCAACAGAGUCAGGGGCUGCAGCCUCCAGCCGCAGCACCCUUACGGCCGAACCCCACCGGAAGCACAAAUCCCUUCCGACAGAGUGCCUUUGUGAACCAACAAACCGGCCAGGGCUGGCAUGUCGGCGGUCAACACGAUGCAGCGUCGCGGUCCGCCGUCUCGGAUUCGACCACCCGUCAAGAUGUAGGCAAGAGCGCCCCAUCGAAGCUUCGCAAGCCUCGCAAGACCACCAAUGCAUCCAGCGGCCGGUCAACGCUGUUCUGGGUCCAUACCGACCCGCAGUCUGUUUCGGAAGGAACGCGAGAAGAGACUCUCAAACGCAUUCGCUCCCAUGUGAUGUCCGAGCACAAUCGCAAGAAGAGAUUGGAGAACACCAAGCGUUACAAGAGCAAGACCUGGAAGCAUCUUGCGUUUCAGCCUGUUGAGACCACCGCCUCCAAUUCCUCCAGCACAACCGCGGUGUCAACAACUGCCCCGGCUGACUUAUCUCAACCGGUUUUGACCUCGUCGUCUUCGGCCCUCGAUCAAGAUACUUCCACCUCUUCACCCCCCAUCUCCGUGCAGCAUCAUCGACACCCCGAACAGGAACACGAUCAAGACCAACCGCAGAUCAAAGAGGAGGAGCGACAUUUUGAGCUUGUUGUUUCGGAGAGCACGAGUUUCCCUCCGUCUUCUGCAUCCGCUGGCAACGUGGACGGCUACAGCGUCGGUGCGCCUUCACGGACGCAGACGGUCGGCCCUGUACAAUCAAGGUCCUCUCCUCCAUGGGAUGAUUUAGGUCAAGGAGAAAAAGAUCCCUUCAAUACUUUGCAUACGCCUCUCUCGGAGAGGAUGUACCGACACCUGCAACACUUUUUGUGCGAUUUGACCCGAUUGGCAUAUCCGUUGCAACGACGAUAUGGGCCGCGGUUACAGGCUCAUUGGGCGGCCCUGGUCCAACAUGACCCGGCUUCGUUACAUGCCUGUAUCUGUGUCGCUGCGUCCAAUGCCGCCUUGGAGGCAGGGGAGUUCCCACUGGUUGAUCCCAACCAAGCAAAGACGAGCCCGUUGGUCUUGGACACCUUUCACCAUCGUGGAGAGACGAUCCGUUUGGUCAACGAGGGCUUAUCGGACCCGCUUAAAGCCUCUAGCGAUGAACUCAUCGCUGCGGUGUCAAUCCUACUCACGAUCGAGAUUGCAUCGGGGAAUCCGGAUUACUUGAAAAUUCAUCUGGCAGGGUUAAGACAGAUGGUUGCUAUGAGAAAUAGCUUUGCGGACGUGCCACCGGAUGUCCGCUUUCAAAUAUCAUGGACCGACAUUCGAGUGGCGUGCAUGGCCUUUACAAAGCCGAUCUUCCCUUUCGUCCGCUACGCUCGACCCUCUCGGCUUACGCUUAUACCCCCUAGUAAAGAUCAUGCUAGUACCGCAUCGCGUUUGAUUCAGUUGAUUGAGAUACCCGGCGUCUUUGGUGAUGCCAUGUCCAAGACGAUAUACGACCUGACCGAACUUGUUUGGUAUGCAGAGUGGAUCAAGGGCGAUCCAAACUCCUCGCAAAGCUUUGAUGACAAAACGGAGGAUUACUUCAACACAGAAGUGCUCUACGUCGAGUAUGCCCUGCACACAGACCGAUACACGGCGACCGGUGAAGCAAAGGGGGACGCAACGAUUGAGGGUUGCGUCCGGCUGGCCUGCUUGCUGUUCCACAACACCACCAUAUGGGAGUUCUAUCCGCAGAUGGGUCCGGUGUUUUCGAAACCGAUUGUCGGACUUCGAGUGGCACUUGAAACGACGAUCCCGGCCGGGUACUUCAACCUGUGUCGGGAAUUAUUGAUCUGGCUCCUGUUUGUGGGGGCCUGCAGCUCGCGGCUCUUGGCCCGCGAGCACACCUUCUUCAUGACCGAACUGGCCACGGCCGUGAGGAACCAGGGAUUCCGCUCCUGGCAGGAACUGCGAGAGCUUCUGCUGGGAUACUUUUACGUGGAUCGCUGCUACCUGACACCACUGCGCGAGUUGUGGGACGAGAUUCAUAUUGACGCCGACGCCAGUCGGUUGAACCUGUGUUAA